CUCUCUCUCUCUCUCUCUCUCUAGAGGUCAGUCUCAAUGUAUCAUUUUCUCUUAUUUCCAAGUGAUUGAAGUUAAUGUGAUUCCAAGCAGACUAGCUAACGACAACUAGCUGUGUGCGUGUGCAGGAAAAUGUCUCUUGUUUGGUUUUCCAUAGUGGGCUUUCUCUCUCUGUUCUCAAUUGUUCAUGGGUAUGAUGGGGGAUGGAUUGAUGCUCAUGCCACUUUCUAUGGAGGUGGUGAUGGUUCUGGCACAAUGGGUGGGGCAUGUGGGUAUGGUAACCUAUACAGCCAGGGAUAUGGGACUAACACAGCAGCCUUGAGCACAGCACUGUUCAACAAUGGGUUGAGCUGUGGGGCUUGUUUUGAGAUUAGGUGUGUGGGUGACCCAAAGUGGUGCCUCUCUGGCUCUAUAGUGGUCACAGCCACCAACUUCUGCCCCCCAAACACUGCCCUCCCAAACAAUGCAGGUGGGUGGUGCAACCCUCCCCAACACCAUUUUGACCUCUCUCAGCCUGUCUUCCAACAUAUUGCUCAAUACAGUGCUGGAAUUAUCCCUGUUUCUUACAGAAGAGUAGCAUGUAAGAAAAGGGGAGGCAUCAGAUUCACAAUCAACGGCCACUCUUACUUCAACCUAGUCCUAAUCACCAAUGUCGGAGGCGCCGGUGAUAUCCAAGCUGUUUCGAUCAAAGGGUCAACAAGUACCGGUUGGCAACCGAUGUCGAGAAAUUGGGGUCAGAACUGGCAGAGCAACACUUACCUCAAUGGUCAAAGCCUCUCUUUCAAGGUCACCACCAGUGAUGGCCGUACUAUUGUCUCUAACAAUGUUGCCCCGCCUAGUUGGUCGUUCGGCCAAACCUUUAGUGGUGCCCAGUUUAAAUAAUCGUGUGUGAAGCAGUUAGAUCAAUCAUAGCAGUUAUUAAGUUUGAAAUAGCUAGAUUAGAUCUAAAAUGAGCAUUUUAAGAUUAAAAAAAAAUUGUGUUUGAUGCAUAAUAGUAUAGAAGGAACUACUUUGGAAUAGUAGAGUUGUAGAUGAGUGUAUUUAGAGUUGGUUUUGAGGAGUCAAAAGUGAGAAGGGCUUAGUUUUCAGGUGGUCCCUUUUGGUCAUUUUCAAUUUGGAUGACUAUUGAGGUUUUGGAUUUGGCAGUGAUGGGCUUUGAUCUCCACCCGCCAUUUUUAUUUAUUUAAAAUUUUAUUUUUGGAGGGGUUGGGAAUGGGAUGUUGGAUUUGGAGAUUGCGAGACUCAAUUUCGAGUUGAUGAACUAAUGUUCUGGUGUUUUUUUAUUAUUAUUUAAAAUAAAUUGUUUAUUCUCUUGUAUUCAAAAA